AUGGAGGUCAUCCCAGCCGCGGCGGCAGCGCACGACGGGCAGAAGCAGAGGUUCGACCUCGGGGUCUUCGUCGGCGACCUCCCCCUGGACGACGACGACGCGGCCAGUGACAAUGAGUCGCUGGAGGGGCUGCAGCAGGAGCUCGAGGACUGCAAGAACGACCAGGAAGUAGCAAACAUCCUGGCUAAUGGCAUCAAGAUGCGUGAUUACACAAAAGGUGUCGAGAACAGCAUACGCCAAGUUGAGCUGGAUUCUAUACAGGAUUACAUUACAGAAAGUGAAAACCUAGUGUUGCUGCAUGAUCAGAUCUCUGACUGCGAUAAUAUUCUGUCACAAAUGGAAACCGUUCUAACUGGAUUCCAGACAGAAAUUGGUUCUAUAAGUUCAGAGAUAAAGGUACUUCAGGAGAAAUCUAUGGACAUGGGAUUAAAGUUGAGAAACCGUAAGGCUGCAGAAUCAAAACUGUCAAAAUUUGUUGAGGAUAUAAUAGUACCUCCAAGAAUGAUUGAUAUAAUUGUUGAUGGAGAGGUUAACGAUGAAUACAUGAAAACACUUGAGAUUCUAAGCAAAAAAAUCAAAUUCAUUGAAGCCGAUUCGAUGGUUAAAACAUCAAAGGCUCUCAAAGAUGUUCAGCCUGAGGUUGAGAGACUUCGGCAGAAAGCAGUAUCAAAGAUUUUUGAGUUUAUUAUCCAAAAGUUCUAUGCCUUGAGAAAACCAAAAACAAACAUUCAGAUUCUACAGCAGAGUGUCCUUAAAUACAAAUACACAAUUGUUUUCCUCAAGGAACAUGCUAAGGAGAUAUAUGCAGAAGUUCGCACGGCUUACAUUGAUACUAUGAAUAAGCCUGUCAAUAAUGAGGGUAUGCAUGCUCACUGGUCAGUUCUCAUUAAGGCUGUGCACAUGGUGGUUCUGAGUGCACAUUUUCGUGCCUAUAUACAAGCUUUAGAGAAAUUACAGCUGGAUAUAGCAACCUCCACUGACUUACUUGGAGUUGAAACUAGAAGUACAGGAUACCUUUUCUCCAUUGGAAAGGAACCUCUGAAAGCCCGUUCUUCGGUGUUUGCUCUUGGUGAAAGAAUAAACGUCUUAAAGGAUAUUGAGCAGCCUGCAUUGAUACCUCAUAUAUCUGAAGCCAAGUCACAGAAGUAUCCAUAUGAAGUUCUUUUCAGAAGCUUACAAAAACUUCUGAUUGAUACAGCUACUUCUGAGUACCUUUUCUCGGAUGAUUUCUUUGGUGAAGAAUCUUUAUUCCAAGAUAUAUUUGCUGGACCAAUUCAAGUUGUCGAUGAAUAUUUCGAUGCUGUACUUCUGAACUGCUACGAUGCAAUAGGAAUAAUGCUUAUGAUUCGGAUAAUUCAUCAGCACCAGCUUAUCAUGUUUAAGCGGCGAAUUCCAUGUUUGGACUCUUACCUAGACAAGGUUAACAUGUCACUUUGGCCUCGCUUCAAGAUGGUCUUUGACUUGCAUUUGAGCAGCUUGCGGAAUGCUAAUAUUAAGACUCUUUGGGAGGAUGAUGUGCAUCCUCACUAUGUAACAAGAAGAUAUGCUGAAUUUACAGCGUCUCUUGUUCAUCUCAAUGUUGAAUAUGGGGAUGGUCAGCUUGAUCUAAAUCUUGAGCGAUUACGGAUGGCUAUUGAAGACUUGCUUGUUAAGUUGGCCAAGAUGUUCCCUAAACCAAAGAUGCAAACUGUUUUCCUGAUAAACAACUAUGAUUUAACAAUUGCCAUAUUGAAGGAAGCUGGCACUGAGGGUGGAAAAACACAACUUCACUUCGAGGAGGUUCUUAAGAGCAACAUUGCAAUAUAUGUGGAGGAAGUGCUUCUGGAGCAUUUCAGUGAUUUGAUCAAGUUUGUUAAAACGCGUACAUCGGAAGACCCUGCCUCGAGUUCGGACAAGGCCAACAUCGGCGACGUGGAGCCAUUGGUGAAGGAUUUCGCGAACCGAUGGAAGGCCGCGAUCGAGCUGAUGCACAAGGAUGUGAUCACAUCCUUCAGCAACUUCCUGUGCGGGAUGGAGAUCCUGAAGGCGGCCCUCACACAGCUGCUCCUGUACUACACGAGGCUGACCGAAUGCGUCAAGAGGGUCAACUGCGGCUCCGCGCUCAACAAGGACCUGGUCUCCAUAUCCUCCAUCCUGUACGAGAUCAAGAAAUACUCUAGGACCUUUUAG